AUGUUUCUCCCCUCUCGGGUGCCACACUGUGCGAUCACGUACUGUGACGUUGCCUUUCUUCGUUGUCUGCCCUCCGACGAUGCCUCAAGAAAAGCCGUUGCAACGCCUUCAUCGACCUUUCGUUGCCUUUCUGUUACCGCGGUUCACGCCAACUGGAGUCUGCGCGUGGUGGAACUAAUGGAGGGUGUUCCAGCAUUGAAAGCCACCAUUAGCGAUACAACGCCUUUAACUUGGCCCACAAUGCCUCUGAAAGGCUACGAGAUGGCAGUCCCCGUCUCAGCGUCUCACAUCUUCUACCUGACUGGAUGGGUGGCUGAGGAUGAUUCCAAAUACUGCGUCCUACGGCCGCCUCAGAUUGCCGCAGCCCUUUUCUUGGCUAUAGUCCUUCUAUUCCUGACUGCAUUCACCGAGUCAGGAGCUUUCCAAGAAGAAGAUGAACUAGACGACGACGGUCAGGUCGGAGGUGAAGGAGUUUCUGCUACCUAG